AUGCCAAAAGAAUCAAAUCAACCUAAAUCAGACUCUAGAGCGUUACGGCGCCUAGAUCCGUACAAUGGAAGUCCUCGAGAGCGUGAAGAAAAUCCGGAACGAAGUUCGCGCCAUUCGAGUGGCGAAAAAGCAAGGUCGCGUCCUUCGCAAUCUCCCAGUCGUUCCGAGACUCGCAGUCGCUCACGUUCGCCAUCUGAACCGCCACAAUGGGCGAGAGAGUUGUUAAAGAAUCAGGAGGAAUAUAGAAAAGAACUGAAACGUCUACAAAGCGAAAUCGAGCGUGAUCGAGCGUCUAUGUCGACGCGGGAUUGGCGAGUAUCGCAACAUGUCUUCAAAUAUGUGGGGAACAAAAAACAAUACGAGCUAAAUAACAGCAUUGCUGACAAGAUUCAAGUAGCCCUAACGACUACCGACGAACAGCAACGAACGGCUGCGUUGAACGAAGGUAAGCGCUUGCUAAAUGAAAGAAACAAACAUAUUUUGUUAGCAGAGAAAUUUGGUUGGGACACAGUCGAAUGCUACGCGGCGGAGCCUCUUGCCGCUGAUGCAGACGAUGCAGAGCGUAUUAGAAAGGCUGUGAAGGAAAGCAAGCGUAUCAGAGACGAAAAGAAAAAAGGAAUUAGGACCUUGCACUACAUCUAA